AUGUCCCAGGGUGCCUACUUCAAAGAAUCAGCUGAGAGCAUUGGAAGGAACAAGAGGAAUGAGCAAAGACAUGGUUUCAGGUUUGCAAUCGAGGCUGGGACACAUGUAACACUGAGGAACUGCUCCAAUGUCGAUGUGUAUUCGGUAUUUCCAGACUCUCAGUUGAAAAAGAUUGGAAUCAAACAUCCAAAGCCCUAUCCCUUUCUAGGCAACCUACUGCUCUAUAAAAAGCUAAAUGCUGAGCCUGAAAUGCUGAAGCAGUUUCUUGUGAAGGACUUCAACAGGUUUUACAACAGAAUGGUAGGAACUGAACCCAUCUUCCCCUUCACUGGAGAAGAUGAGAGAGAUGAAUGCAGAGGUCUGGAAGUUGAAAUCAGUGGUUUACUGCUGACUUGUUUUGAUGUGAGGUUGCUUGUGGAGUUUGAUGUGAGGUUGCUUGUGGAGUUUGAAGUAGAUACUUGGGCAAAGACGCUCCACACUCGCUUUGUGGACUUGCUGAAGAAUCCUGUCAUGUUAGAGGAGGUGCAACAGAUCUUUUCCCAUUGGUUUGAAUGUAAGAUUCCCCUGGAUUAUAAUGUCAGUUUGGCCUUUUUUCCUGAUGGGACCCUAGAUAAGGUGAACAAGUUUUUCUUCCGAGUGAAUAAAGAUAUUAUAAAGCAAAGGGAACAGCGACCUGUGGACCAGAGGCAAAGAGAUUUCCUGCAGCUUCUGUUAGAUUCGCCGAUUUCCACUGAUUAUGCCACUACGGAAGAGUUUGACCUUGCCAAUUCCGAUGAUCAGCCCGAGGAAUCAGCUGGGGCACUGAAUGCAAAACAUGCAGCCAUGGCAAAUUCGUCCAUUGUCCAAAAGAAGAUCCUCACUCUUGAUAAAAUCGUGGGGCAGAGGUUCAUUUUCUUUGCAGCAGGAUUUGAAACCACCAGCAGUACUCUGGGCUUCACUUCUUACCCACUUGCCAUCCACCCUGAGAUCCACGACUUGCUGCUGAAAGAACUGGACAAAUUCUACAAGUCUCAUUCAAAUAAAGACAGUUUAUUGAAUGGGCAAUUUAUUCUAAGUGGCAUGACUAUAGAGGUUCCCAUCGCCAACCUUCACCUUGACUCCAGAUGCUGGCCUGAAUUGGAGAAACUUAAACCCGAGAGAUUCAGUCCGGAAAUGAAAGCAGAAUGCCAUCCUUUUGAGUAUUUGCCCUUUGGAGCAGGACUCAGAAACUGCAUUGGGUGAAAGCUUGUGCUUUUGGAAGUCAAAAGAUUGUCCUCGUGCAGAUUCUGUUAA